UUGCAAUUUUACGUGUCAAUGCAUGGGCAACUUAUAACACAUCAAAGACUCAGAAAUACAGGCAUUCGCGCCGUAUGACCCCUUUAAAACGAGAACGCCACAAAUUGUUAAACUAUUUUACAAUAAACACUGCCAUAUUCCAGUAAAAAUGGCAUUGUACUUUUAUUUUACUGGGACCACACUUAAAAUCUCUAUAUUUCAUUGGAUGAAAUUACAGAUAUUUUGUUUAUUUUAAGGACAGAUACAAAUAAGCUUUUAGAGUCUCAAACAAAAGAUUAAAGAUAUAGCGUAACUCUGACAGUUCAGACACACAAAAAAUGAUGUUCAUGCUUAACUUUCCCGAUCACCCCGUGUCAACAUUUGCGCUAAAUCGCUGAUAAAAACCUCAAGCAAUUUCCAUGCAAAUGUCUCCAAGUUUGCGAUUAUGUUUUCUAACCUCAUACACUCCGAGUGUGACUCAAAUGUCCGUUUCGGAGCCACAAUGUUUCACAAACUUCACUCUGCCGGACAUUCCCCACAGCAAACCGGUCCGGAUAUAUUUAUAGACCGCAGACAGUUUGGGACAGAAGGGGGGUGUCUGACACAUCUGCUGAAUAUCUGCUAGACUGCGGGGUCAGCCCAAGGUUAAAGCCUCUUCAAUGCCUGCCUUGACUGCUCGUGGCUGGCACUAAUGAGAGUGUGUGUGUGUGUGUGUGUGUGUGUGAGAGAGUGUGUAAUUCUAACCGCUACACACACACGCGCAGUUCUCUCUCUCUCACCACUGCCAUUGUCAGCGCCAGCCUCCCUCCCACAGCUCGUGUCUGUCUGUCUGGAGCUGCUCCCCUCUCGGAGGAGGGAGGUAGGGACGCGAGGAGGUGGGGUGUGAGCCCGAGACAGUCACGGAAAGCCAUUCUUCUGAAUGAACGCGAGACGAAAAGACCGUCAGGAUGCGGGGAACGUAUUUACCCUAGACGAACAGCAGCGAACGCGAGCGACGAUGGCAUGAAGCGCGAGCGAACCGAGAGGCCGACACCGACUGCUGCCGUGAACGUGUCCGUCAGUGCGUGCGAGGGCCGCGGCCGGCGGCUCUCUCGCCCCCGUCCCGUCACUUUCCCCGAGCCUCCAUGCGAAACAUCACGGUCCCGGACAGCAGCUCCAGAAACAACAACGCCAACUCCAAUGACACAUGCUCCUGCAACUGCACCCUAUCCCAGCCACAGGGAAUGGAUAUAUGAUGGCUGUGCAUGGCCAACAGACAGUUUGGUGACGCAACAAGGAGCCACAGAGGUGAUGUACGGGCCACGGAGCGGAGAACGCUUCAACACACCAUUUAUGCAAAGGGACCGAUUCAGCCGCUUCCAGCCCACCUACCCGUACCUGCAGCAGGACAUCCACUUGCCACCCACCAUCUGCCUGUCGGAUGGAGAAGAGCCGCCGCCCUACAAGGGCCCCUGCACGCUGCAGCUUAGAGACCCCGAGCAGCAGCUGGAGCUAAGCCGCGCGUCCGUGCGAGCGCCUCCCAACCGGACCAUUUUCGACAGCGACCUGAUAGACGUUUACGUGCACGGAGGCGGGCCGCGGCCCCCUAGCAGCAACUCUGGGAAGAGUGCCUCGAACUCGCACGUGGAGGGCCCGCCGCCCACCUAUAGUGAGGUGAUGGGUCAGACGUAUCCAGGCUCCGCCGCCUCCUUGCACCAGCACAGCAAUAACGCACCACCCUCCAACCAGAGGACAGCCAGCCGCUCGGCCCAACCUGCCGCAAGCACAACACUGUUCGUCAAGGUUAAGGAGGGCCGGCGGGACAAACCCGUGUGACUAGAAGGCGCAGAGAGUGGCUGAUCCGUCGCCCGCACUCUCUGGCACCGCCUCCUGGAUUUCAAAGGGGUGGUUGCUCGGCUUACGGCACACUCCCCUUGCACAAUUUCGAAAUGACAAUUGAGGAACCAAGCUUACAAAGUUUAUUUUUUUGUGUAUUAUUUGGUUUCUGUUCCUUGCUAGAACUUGGGGCUUGUGUGGAUAUUUGGGCUCCUUGGCUAAAUCGUUUUGUACGCUCUCUUGUAUUUAAAGAAAAGGUGUGUCGGCACAGAAGGUUUGCGCGAGAGACCGGUCAUAGGAUUGAGAUAUUAACUGUUUGUUUGUGCAUUUCCAGGACCCGUGCACAAAAAUCGAGUGCCAUGAGAAAAUCUUAAAUUUUGGGGACGUGACUCACAACAACGACAUCAAAGAGUCUUUGCGUUGUACUUGUUCUUUUGACACAGCAGACACGAUCACCCUUAGUUACUUUUGAUACGUCAGCGCACAGGUAUUCUUUGACUUACCUGGAACUUUCUUUUCAUGGUUUUCUGAAAUGGAGACGCAGAACUCUGAUCCAGCCUAUAACCUCCAGAAAGGAACUGCGUCAUGGCACUUAUUUACGAAAGGGGUUUAGCAAACGGUUCCAAUUCCAGAUCAUUUUCCACUGACCAAGCGAGAGAUAUUGGCACGGACGACACAUACGCCACUUUCAUCCUGUCGAGUAGCACUUUAAACUUGCGUCACUUCAGCAUUGUCAUGGGGUCCAAGUGCAAGGGAAUCAUGGGAACUUUAGUCUUAUGCACAUCCCCUGUCCCCUCCUGAAUGAGCGUGUCAUAUCUCGUGUUUGUUUACUAUUUUAAACCGCAAAAAGCAUGCAUAUAAUUUUCCAGUUAUCCAUACUAUGCUUUGGUUGACAAUCGUAUACGGAUCUCAUAUUUUCGUUUCUUAGCCUCCUGGAAUGCCCUUUUUUUCCGUGGCACCACAGGAACACGGUUUAGCCUGUCGUUUGCUGACACAAGUAUUUAUUCGUUGUCCACAUCCACGUUUUUUUCUCAUCACCACAUGGCACGCAUUGGGAAUGCUCUCAGACACGCCAUCUGUUUUUGGCCUUCACUUUAGAAAGUCCCGUAGAAAAACCGGGCCAUUUAUUUAUUAACUAGCUAUUUAUUGAAGGUAUCAGUUUGAGAGGUUAAUUGGUCGACGUGGGUGGGAAAGCCAUUUUCUCCUGUUCGAUACCAUUCCCACCCCUUUGGAAAGAUGUCCAUCCGGUGUUAUCCUGCUUCGGCUCUGCUUGCCGUCACUUAUUCUGACCGCACGGUUUGAGUUUGUACUGUAUCGCUGCUGCUACGCGCUGCUACUGCUACUGCUGCUGCUCUUUGUUCGGUGUGUCCCCAUAAUCCCCAUUACUUUAUAUUUGCUUACCGACCGCCACUUACAUACUUGUGCUUUUAGUUCGCUUUAGUUCUUGGUUAACUUGGUCGUCGUAGGAAAACAAAUGGAAAUUUAUUUGUACGUUCGCAGCCGAGAGGUUGGCACGUUACUAUUUCCAUGAGUGAAUUCGGUGCCUAACAGUGAUGUUAAAGCAGACAUAGAAACCCACUUGCACUCAAAAGUCCCCACCUUUGUUGUGCCUCACUUCCUAUGGUGCUUCUUUCAGUAGUCGAACUCUGUUUAUUUGUACGGUGCUGUAUAUAACUUGAAUAUAUUAUGCACAUAUCCUACCCAAUGGGUAGACAACCACAAGAAAGCUUUGUUAAUACUGUAAUAUAUUGUAUAGAUGAUAAUAUUAAAAAGAGAAAUUUAACAAGGUGGCAUCAAGUUUUGUGAAUGCCUUCAAUUGUGCUUUGUCUUUUUUGUAAAACAGAGUAACGUUUGCAAAGAGAAAUGCUACAUUAUGGUCAUAUAUAAAUACAACAAAAAUACUUCUUAUAUUUUUUUCCUAUAUGGUAAAAUGCAAAUCUGUUAUGUGAUGAAACGAAUAUAAAGCAGUUAUAUAAAGGAGAACUAGCUGCUGCUUUUGUAACUUCCAGAGAGCGACUUAUAAAUGCCAGCGCUUGUCAUUUUAUUUAUUUCAAGUUUGUUUUGUGACUGCUAGCUGUUUGGACUUGUUAUAACCACGCUCGGUCGAUCGCAGAAAAUAACCUGACGUGACAUAAUUGUAUCCUAGUUAACAAAAAAUAAAUGGAGCAGAUUCUCUUUCCAAGGUUUGGUGUCGGGGUGAGGCUUUUUGGUUGUAGGCCGACCUGACGAGAGAGGAUUUGGGCGAUGCAUUUUGGAUAUCAUUUUGUUUCUUUCUUUCUACACAUAGUCAAGUGAGUGAUAUAUACAGUAUAUAUAUAUAUAUAUAUAUAUAUAUAUAUAUAUAUAUACACACAGUAAAAGAGCAUCAGAUGCCCAUAGCCGAAUGUUACUGCAUGUUCAUUUGCUCAUUUUCCUCGGUCGCCGCAUCUACAGGCUCCUCUCCAGGAAGUCGCUGUGUUCCCUGUAUGUGCUCGAACGAAUAAACGGGUGAAUGACUGAGAAAUGGUGUGGGUCGGUUCUUCUUCUUCUGUGGAUCUGAAAUUUUGAUUCAUCUGAAAUCCACAGCAAUGUUCGGCGCCGGCCUUGACAUCACAUCACAUCACAAGACCGUAUGACCUGGACUGUAAACUUUUCCACUUUUUUUUACAAGAGAAAAACAGUUAAGUGAGCGAGGAACACUGCUGUCCUUAAGCCUUUUAUUUUUGUUGUUCUGUUAUUUAAGUCAUUGUGAUGUCAGCGGUUUUCAGUUUGAGGUCUGUUAAUUGCAAUACUUUUACAGGAAAAAAGGUGACUGAAAACUCUUUUAAAAAUCAAUAAAACAAUAAAACUA